AUGGACUCCAGCUAUUUCGCCGUGCAGCGAAGAGCUCUGGAAAUAGCCGGAUUCGAUGCCAGUUCCCCGAAACUCCACCUGAAACAUCCCAUUUGGGCCGGGAUACUGGUUCUGUCAUUGAUUUCGCACAACUGGCCGAUGGCCGUGUACGCCCUUCAGGAUCUGAGUGAUUUAACCCGACUUACUGACAACUUUGCCGUGGUCAUACAGGGCUCCCUGAGCACCUUCAAGUUCCUAGCUUUUGUGGUGAAACGUCGACGAAUCGGUGCUCUGAUCCACCAAUUGCACCAACUGAAUCAAAAGGCAUCGAAAAAUGAGCAGCAGCUGGAGAGGAUUAAAAGGGAGAAUCGGUUGGAUGGGUUUGUGUCCAAGGCCUUCAGAAAUGCUGCCUACGGCGUUAUCACUGCCUCGGCCAUAGCUCCCAUGCUUAUUGGCCUCCUGGGCUUUAUUCGAGUGGGCAUCUUUCGACCCACCACGCCCAUGGAGUUCAAUUUCUGGCUGGACGAGACACAGGCCCGGUUCUUCUGGCCCAUAUACUUUUGGGGUGUUUUGGGCGUGGCAGCUGCAGCCUGGCUAGCCAUUGCAGCCGAUACUCUCUUCUCCUGGCUAGUCCACAAUGUGGUGGUGCAGUUUCAAUUAUUGGAAUUGCUCCUGAAGGACCAAAAGCCCCAGAACCCACACAAUUGCCAAUUAACAACCUUCAUUCAUCGCCACCGUUUGGCCCUAAAAUUGGCUGAGGAUCUCAACCAUAUCUUUUCCGAAAUAGUGUUUAUGCAAUACAUGCUGAGUUAUCUGCAACUCUGCAUGCUGGCCUUCCGUUUCAGCCGCAGUGGUUGGAGCUCACAGGUGCCCUUUCGAGCCUCCUUCUUGGUGGCCGUCUUCAUCCAGAUCAGCUCCUACUGCUAUGGAGGGGAAUACCUGAAGCAACAGAGCCUGGCAGUCUCCCAAGUGGUGUUCGACAACUGCGAGUGGUCGGAAAUGCCGCCGGAAAAGCGACUACUUUGGAAAAUGUUAAUCAUGAGGUCCCAAAAGCCGGCCAAGAUUUCGGCCUUUAUGUUUGAUGUUGAUCUUCCACUACUUCUUUGGGUGGCUAGAACUGCCGGUUCCUUUCUGGCUUUGUUAAGGACCUUUGCUCCCUAA